CUUCGAGUACUUUCCCCUCCAACUAGUUCAGUCACCCUAUUGCUUGACUCACACAAACAUGGACAGCGACAGCGAAGAAUACGCGCCCAUCCGUGGCGACACGGGCGAGAUCGAUAACAUGAUCUCGACCAUGCGUGACUUCCGCGGCAUGCUGGACACGGAGAAGGAGUUCGCCUCGAUCUCGCAAGCCGAGAAAGUGGUGCUCGCGAAGGAGAUGGAGCGGAGCGCGAUAACCGGCAAGCUGCAGGACGAGCUGGACAUUCUGACGGACCGGUACGAGGCGGCUGCCCGCGCCGCUGAGCGCCCUGCGGGCGCACUCACCGCUGAGGCGUAUGAGGCGCGUGUGCUCGACCUCGAGAAGGACCAGUAUGCGAGCGGCAAGGCGGUGAAUGAAGAAGCGAACGGGGUCGCGCAGCGUGAGGCCGAACUCACGCGCGCACGAGGGGAGCGGGACGAUGUGCGCAAGUGGGACCCGACGGCGGGCGCGACGGACGCGAGCAAGGUCCUCCGCCUUCAGCUCUUCGCGCAGCUCGGCUUCCGCGCGCUCGAGGGUGGCAAGAUUCUCGUGUCUAACAACUCGGCGCCUGAUAUCCAUGUCGUCGCGGCUGCUGACGACCGCGUCGCUACGGCCAACAAGUUGUGGGCCUUGGCUGGUUAGACGUAGGCCUUAGGAGACGGGUGGCGCCAUGUUGUAUGUUCUGUAGCUAUGAUCAAUCAGUGAGGAUACGUGUG